UGUACAGUUCGGUUAAAAAUUAUCUUUGUGUUUUUAUAUUCUACAUAGCAUUAUUUAAAAUGGCAGCUCUGACUGAUGAUGAGUGCCAGAAGAUCGCAGAGGUGUUGGAAAGAGAUGCAGAGGUUCGGAUGAGGGAGGAACGACGGAUCAGCUUGCUACGCGCCGUGCUCACAGACAGCACCGCCCCCACUGCCGCCUCCACCGCCUCCAAGAUCUGCGCCCGCUGUGGACGCCGCCUCUCCGUGCUCACCCUGGGCUACGGACGCCGCCUCCAGUGCGCCCACUGUCGUCUGCCCGUGUGUCGUCACUGCUGUACCAAGACAACCACCAGACGAUGGUUGUGUGUGUCGUGUCGCAAGCUUAGGGACGUGCGACUACAGUCAGGAGAGUGGUUCUAUCAGCAGCUGCGGCAGCGCUUCCGCUCCACCGUGGCGGCUAUCAGCAACUCUGAUAAGAAUGACAGUGAGGUGCAAGAGUUCAUGGAAAGACUUGUAGAAGGAAUAAUUGGAGCUGGUUUGGACGACGUGGCGUUGUACCCUCUCUGUGACCACCCCCACUACAUAAACUUCUGUGAAAAGUACCAGAACCCUCUAGUCCAAGCGCUGCGAAGACUGUACGCUAACCUCAAGAUGGCUUUAUCUGAUGCCGUGCCAAAAGAUGCGGAGACUGCUUGUGACCUUCACGCCGAGUUGAAAGAUCUCAUGAAGCAGAUGAUACAGGAGGCCAGAACACACCCUCCGUUGUCGGAAGACAAUGGAGAGGCGAGUUGGUGUCCUCCCUCAGGAACCUCUCCUGAGUCCCUGGGACAACGUAGUUACGAGGACAUUCUCGCCACAGCCAUCCUCAACAAGAUCUUUUCCAAAUAUCAACGAGACAGACCUAGACGAAGGCAGAGGUUACAUGAAAAGACUGUUGAUAGAAAUAGUAACCUGCUUUCAACUAAAUUGACAGCCACUAUGCAAGAGGCUGUUGGUAGGACUGACUCUCAAUCAGAAGACAGCGACAGUUUGGCCAACUCUGGUGAAGAAAACAGCUGGAGUGAAUCUAGUCAUCACGAACCUUUGUCAGUAACGAUUGAGGAGUGCAUUGAAGAGGUGACGACAAGGUACAGUUCUGACGAGGAGGAACCAAAGACAGAGCUCGACAGGUUCCUGUCCAGUCUACAAUAUAUUAAGAGGCAGAGAGCUCCAUUCCCGGAGUUUGGCAAGGAUGUUGUCGAUGGUGGAAUGUCGUCGGAGGAAGCAGAAGACGAGAGUGAUGGAGGAGAGGAGGGAAGAACAACUGCGGACUCUAUAGCAGUAAACCCUGUCGACUCGUGGGAAGAAAACUGGCUGUUUCAGCGACGCAAACUAAAAACCAACGUCGGGACUUGUCAACCUGUACCUGUACCUAUGUUGGUGCCUCACCCUACCACGGACCUUCGUGCCAUGAUCGGAGAUGUCGACGCAGACGAAAUGUCAGAUUUGAGUGACUGCAGUGACAGUGUUCUUGAGGACUUAGUCGACGGACCUGACGACAAAAAGUAUUUUGAAAGUCAGUUUGAAGACGAGUCUGAGGAAGAGAAACCGAUCGAGGUAAAGGAGAAAGAGCGAGAAGUGUUCUUGAAGUACAUCAGUGAUGAUCUAAACAAGCUGAUAGCUCCUCAGCACCACCGAGGCAUGUCGCCUGAUACUGGGCAGAGAGAAGAACAAGGAUAUGACGUUGAGCCUAAGAAUGAGGAAACACAAUCAGCUGAUACGGACAGGUCAAGUGAUGAAGUGAAAUCAGCUGUUUCUGUACAAAGUGGAUCAGCUGGUUCUCCUAUAGAGACUGAAAGCUCCAAAAGUUAUAGUGUGGCAGAGGCAAGGAACAUCAGCGUACCUUUGGUACAAGUUGAUUCAGGCGAGGGAUCGCUUGAUAUGCAGCAAGAAGGAGAGUACACCGUAGCUUACGCGACCUUAGCGCAAGUUCGGUCGUCUCCAACACCUACCCCUACACCCCAGCCGUCACCUGUGCCUAAACCUAGAUCUGUCAAGUCUACCUCAACAAACAGUGAAAUAACGGAAGACAAUGAAGAGGAGAGCUCAACGACGGAGGUUCAAGCCAAGCAAGUUACUGGUCAUGAUGAAAUCCAAGACAAUGAAACCUCGUCUUUAUUGGAAUUAUCAGUUCCACCCAAGCCAGGUACGAUAGCGGAGAGAGAACACCUGAAGUGGGAGAAAGCUCCUCCCCUCGCCAACAACCCUUACUCAACAGAGAAUAUAGCGAGGAGACAGCGACAGCGGAUGUACCUUAGUAGACAUAGUAGCAGUGAAAAUUCCAUAGAGUUUCCUGAGCUCACAGGCAGCAAGGAGCCGUCUCUGCUAGAGAUUGACAGCAAACACCGACGGCAGGAUUACAACAAAUAUGUUCGAGACUACUAUGUCAACGUGGGGGAAGGAGUGGAGGUCGCCAAAACCAAAGUUCCACCUAGACCUGCGUCCACGGAGCCUCGAACACCUUCUCACAGCUGUUCACAACAACAGGUGUCUGUCAAGGUGGAAGUAGAGGUUGCAGUUUCCAAGAACUGUUCCGUGUCAGGAGCGCCAACUGUAACACAAACCUCGGCUCACCAUGUCUCAGCGGUUGUUACACCUGAUGAUCAAUCGUACAUAUCAUUACCGUCUGUGAGACAGUUGGCUAAACAGUUCUCUACGCCUGACGAUAAGAUUCCUAUCCCUACUUCUCCAGUGCCUGUAAGAAAAGGUCCAGAACUGAGACUUCACUCUCCAAUCAGACAAGUCCACAGUCUAACAGCCAGAAACAUAUCCCGAGAGUUCCGGGAGAAUUUACGAGGUUCAACGACAGUCCCAGUCGUUAAGGUCGUAGGAGAGCCUGAUAGUUCGGGACACGUGUCUGAAGACAGCGGCACAGUUUCCCCCACCCCCUGCCCUCAUCCUGCGCCUCGGAGAUUAAAGAUACAGAGCGACAUUCAGUUCUGGGAGCAGAAGCGGCAGAGGUAGCCGGGGAAAUCAGCUGCUUCGACACUGAUGUUAAAUGUUUUUUCCCUCCUCAUGAAGGUUGUGCUUCCAGGGAAGGUUGAUAUUGACUACAAGGAGUUAGCAUUAGUCAAAAUAACCUAAAUAAGUUACGAUGGUUGUAUUUUUAGCAAAGUUUGUCAGGGUUGAAGAAUUUUGUUUAAGAGCAUUGACCAGUUAAAUAACAUUGUAAAUUGUAAAAUAUAUUCUUCAAAUCUAACUACUUUGUCAUAGUACGCGUUGAGAAUGGCUAACUGAAAAUUAAAUGCUUGUAAUCAAGGCAGUCCUAGUUGUAGGAUUUUCUCAGCUACAUUUGGCACUGACACAAUAUUUCAUGGUGUAUUUAUAUCAAAGAAAUGUCAGAAAUUACUCUGUUUAGUCAAAGUUUGAACAAACAAUAAAAAAAAGUUAUAACAACUACCUGUUUAAGCCUGAUUUUUUAAUACAAUAAUGCUACACUAUGGUUUUUGAAAGUUCAUAUCCUUCAUUCCGAGUAAUGUUUAUAAAAGGUAAUUUCUGGUAAUCUCUUAAACAAAUCUUUCAUAAAAUUUGGUUUACAUUUGCAUCAUAUGUUUGAGAGUGUCAGAUUAAAAGCAUUAUCAGGCCAGGAAUAAUCACAAACAAUUAUUAUAACAGCUAGAAAUGGUAAAUCAAAGACUAUACAACCAUAACAUUAAUUUAAUAAAGUUUCUGUAGUCUUACAAGAUUAACAUUCUUCCCUUCAAUGUAUAUUACAGGGAAGUCAAAUAUUCACCAUACUUGUUGAAGUCAACGGAAUAUUUUUUUUUCUUUUGGUGGGUUGAGCCCUAUGGUUUAUUACCACACAUAUUGUCACAGAGAAUAAAUAAAGUAAGGGCUACAGCACUCCUAUCUUAUUUUGAUAAUAGAAUAAAAACAUGUUUCCUCAAUUAGUUUUGGUUGUGUACGAAGCUAAUUUUCCAUUUGGGCAAUUCUUUAAUAGGUGCUCACCUUUAUGGUUGCUUUAAUUUUGUUGAUUUUUCCAAUCAAUUCACAACAAACGAUCAGCUGGAUCCUAUCAACCAUAAUUUACACAGCUUUGCUUACAUUUUUGUUGCGAUAUUUUUGUAGGUAAACUAUGUGAAUUAGUACUUUUGGUAGUUUAAAGUGUCGUGGAGUCAAAAGGCAAAACGUACAUGCUUUCACGCUUAAACAGUUUACAAGAGACAAACAAAAACAAUAUAUUCACAAAACGUAUAUAUCAUUAUCAUAAUAUCAUUGUCCAAUCAGUGUUAAAACUGGAGUUACAACCAUUGAAAUGAUUGAAACUUUUUAAGAGAAGUGACUCAGCCCUUACAUUAUUUUUUUCUCUAUAGCCCUAACUAACCAUUUUGCAUUCUUUAUAAGUUAAGUGACCAUACAGUAUUAUUAAUAAAAUAUAUUAUUAUAGUUCAAACUUCAACUGACUAUAAAUAGCAACGUAGACAUCUCAUUUAUGGUUAAUUUGUACUGGUCUCAUUUAUAUGAAAGGGAUGAAUUUAGGAUGAAAUUCAAACACAAUAAACUCAUCAUUAAACCAGCCUAAUUGGGUUUGCAUUUCAAAGUUUUAUGGGUUUAUGAAAUUCAGAAUGAUAUGAAUUCAUCUUAAUAAAUCCUUAAUAUUAAGAAAAUAAUCUUCCAACAGUCCUAUCAUUAUCAUUAUCAAUUGAGAUGCAGACGCCACCUAGGUGCGCAUUUUAACAUAUCAGCACCUGGAUAUCUUAAAACAAAUUGCCUUUUACAUAAAAUGUCUUCAAAAUAAGUAUUGCAAGUGCUGUAGAUGUGCAAUAGCUCUAGAAUACCUAUUUUAGCUUGAAUGUAUGAAAUGUUUCUAAAUUGCUGUAUAUAUUAAUGUCGGGAUUAAGCAAAGCCCAAUGGGGCCAAGAUAAUAUAUGGCCUCGUGUAUCUAUUGUAAAGUGGACUCAGCGGAAUAAAACCAUUAAAGAACCUCACAGUUAAGUUAAAGAUACAACAAAACAAUGAGUUGUCUUCCAUAAAUGUUUAUAGUCAAUUUUAAGUUGAGGUGGUAAUUUAUUAGCUUGUUACUAUGCAAAAUAUUAAUUAGUAAACUACAGAUCUAAAAUAGUUAAAAGGUUUAGAGCAUAGAACAUGACGUUUCAACACAAAAGAAAAGGUGGUUUUUGUAAAAUUAUUCUACUCUUUAGAAAAUUGUAUCUCUUAAAGGACAAUGCUUGCUGAUUGAAUUAUGGUAUCCUACUUCACAUAAAUAUGACAUAAUGACAUUUUGAUGACAUGAAUAUCACAUGAAGUAUUUACUUGUUUAUAUAAACCUGAUUAAGCAAAGUCCUCAGUGUGUACUUUGAAGUGUAUUUUAAUAGCAUGGACAAAAAUCCAAACUGUUUUUAGUUUUAUUAAAAAAUUAGACAUUACUUAAUUAUUGUUCAGUGAAAUAUCUUACUAUACAUUUGGUGCAAAUACCUGCACUCGAGAGAUGUUGAAUGUUGCAAUAGGUCUUAAAAAUAUGAAUUUGUAAAUAUCUUGGAUUUUAUAAAGUUACCCUUCCAAAAGAAAAACCAGGGGUAUUUAUGUCAGGUUAGCAGCUGUCAAAAAAAUUGGGAAAAUCUGGAAAACAUCGUACUACUUGACUUAUUCAAGACUCUGAGACGUUAAACUCAAAGCUUUAUGUUAUUGCUAAAAAUAAAAAGUGUCCAAUAAUAAAAGCAUCUGCCAUAAAAAAUUAUAAGUCCACACACUUUUUAGUGUUCUAUAAUUUUUGUCAUAUUACCUCCUAUGACAAUGUAAUUGAAUCAUUAACUUUAUUCUUAUAACCUUUGGGAAGAAGCUUUUUUUUACCUGUCACUAUCUUUUGUACUAGUAAUAAUUCUAUAGUUAUUUGUAGUAUAUUUAUUAUUAUUAUUACCAGAGAAUAUAUUCCAUAUUUUAAUAUUGUGCCAAAGAUUGUACAGAUUAUUGUUUUAGAAUAGCCCUAUAAAAUAUAUAUGUUAGAGCUUUGUAAGUAUGUUUCA